AUGAGAAGAGCCAUGGAAAAAGAAGAAAAAAUGAAUAACCCAGAGGAGAAAGUAGUCCAGAAAAUGACAUUGUCAAAAGAACAUAAAAAAGCACUGAGUAAUUUCAGAGAACAAGUCAGGUACAAGGAUUAUAAAGGAUUAAUUAAAACUCUGAAAAUAAUUGAAGAGGUCAUCAGAUACUCAGAGAAAUACGUAAUAGAAGAGAAGUAUAAAGGAAAAUAUGACCUAAUCCAGGAGAAUAUCUUAUUGUUAAAGAAUAUCCUGAUUAGUGAUAUAAAAUACAGUAUAACAAACGAUAAAGGAUUAGAUAAAAGUGCUGUACUACUCUCAACGAUCUUAUCAGAGAAAUACGUAUCAGAUGUACAGAGAUCAGUUGUCACUUGGAUGUCAAAUAAUGUACAGAUGAAGCAUACGAAAGAAAUACAAAAAUUAGAAAAAUUAUCGGAGGUGAAUGAGUAUUUAAAACUGCUCCUGAAGAUAAAGGAUGAAGUUGGUAUAAAAACAGCCCACCUUCCUAUCUGGUGGAAUAUUUCUAAGGUUAUUCUUUGUGAUUUAUCUGUGAUAUUAAAGAAUAAACUUAUAAGAGUGAUUGAUCGGGCUGAAUUUUCAUGUACGGAUUAUUUAGACGCAUUAAAGCAGUGCAUGGAAUUUGAAUCUACUUACCUUGUUACAUCUGGUAGGAAGAGAAUUUCAUCAGAAACAAAUAAUGAAUUAGAAGGACUUAAAUUAUCUGAGAGAUCGCCUGUCCACCUUAAAUUACUUGAUGAUAUUUCUACUGAAUUACCCAUAUGUAAUGAAGAAUUAGAGUCAAAUAGUCUCUCUUUGGCAUUUAUACCUUAUAUUCAUAUUUACAUUGAAAAUGAAUUAAAGUGUUUAAAGAAUGAUAAGAUAAUACUAUUUGUUAAUAAUACAGUGGAUAAUAGUACAUAUGAUAUAUACAGCGUACUUACACAGUCCCUAUCAAAACUCACAUAUUUUAAAUUUCCAAGUGUAGGGUACGCAUUCCUUACAACAGUGGACAAAACACUUGGAAAUAUUAUUAGAAAGUCUUCAUUCUCAAAAGCAAAAGAGAAUUUCAUAUCUGCAGUGGAAACCAUUCAUUAUAUAAAUCAAAUGACAAAGGAAAUGCUUCUAAAAUUACAGAAAACAUUUAAUAUCUCAUCGAUUGAUUCUCCGCAUACAUUAAAUGCACUUAAUGAAUUGUCACAGAGAGUGUUUGCCUCUUAUAUGGUGACCAUGCAAGAGAGGCUGGGCUUUUUGAAUAAGAAGUCCCUGAAAGAGUGUAGAUUAGAGAAUUAUACAACUCCAUUCCUGGCAGAAUUAAUUGUAGAAAUAGAAUUAAUCUCAUCAUGUUCAUUUACACCACAUGAUUUUCUGGUUAAGGAGUGGCUGGAUAUGCUUGGUGAAUCUAUUUUCUUAGUCCUCUGUGAUGUUAAAUUCAAUAUUUCUCAGGCACAGCAGAUUUUAUACUUUAUGAGUGCGAUUGAAAUCCCAUUGAAAAGUACAAUAUCCUUGCAGUUAAACUUAGACAUACAAUAUUCAAUAUUUGAUAAAGCCAAAUUAUUCUUGAAAUUAUUCUUGCUGGACCCUUCUGCUCCAAUAGAAUUUAUAGAGAACUUCUAUAAAAUGUCAAAUGGAAUCUUCGCAUUCCAUCAAGUACUCACAAAAAUCCCGAAGAAGCACCAUAAAAACCUUAUCACUGAGUUUAAUAAGAACUCUUCCUUAAAAAAUACAACAUAAAUAAACCGGAU